CCCAGCUUUCCUUAAUCCUCUUCUCCCUUCUUCCUUAGAGACAAUCUUGUUUUGCCCACAAUAACUUUGAACUGAUAUUCCUGCCUCCAUCCAAGAGCUGGGAUUACAGACACCCACCAAGAUGCCAGACCUGUUUGUUUGUUUUUAAACAAAGUCUUAUACAUUGCCCGUUUCCCCAUAUUUUCCUCAUUUAUGUAUUUUCCCGGUCAAUUCCUAUCUGCAACAGUAUGGCCUACAUGUUGAGACCUUGUCUCAAAAACAAAAACAAUGUAAAUAGCACCAUAUAGACGUACUUCUGUGUUUUGCCUCCUUAAUUUAUUCAUUUGUAGCAUGACUAUGCCACAAGUUUAUUCAUUUUCCCCCCAUAACGGCCCUUAACAAAUCAAAACUCCGAUAUCCAAAGGUCACAGCUGGCAAGCCUUGACUUUCAUAGUCCAACAUAUUCAUUCCUCUUCAUCCUGCUCAAACUCACAUCUACCUUCCACCACCAGGAAACCGAGGUGCAUAGUCGGAGGCUAGGCUGACAGUUGAGACUUCAGCAAUCGGUACUCUGCAGACAAAACUGAAAAUACAGGAAGGGCCUAAUCUCUACUUGAACGGAACGAGAGUCUGCGUAUUCUUAAAAUGUAUCCCAGCCUGGGAUCUGGAGUUUGACGAAUAAGCAAUUAGCAAGGCAUAAUCUCUUUAUCCGAGGAAAACUCUGGGCACGAAUGGGGUUGGAGAGCUCCUAAGCCGUCUCGCAGCUCAGAACCGCAGCUUCAGGAGAACAAGAGGCCGUCCUUCUACUCUCACACGGUGGCCCAGGUGACCCGCUCUCAUGGCUUUUCCCCAUCGACUGGACGCCCCUGAGCUUCCGGACUUCUCUAUGCUCAAAAGGCUGGCUCGAGACCAGCUCAUCUAUCUGCUGGAACAGCUUCCUGGAAAGAAGGAUUUGUUCAUUGAGGCAGAUCUCAUGAGCCCUUUGGAUCGAAUUGCUAAUGUCUCCAUCCUGAAGCAACAUGAAGUAGACAAGCUGUACAAGGUGGAGAACAAGCCGGCCCUCAGCGCCAAUGAACAAUUGUGCUUCUUGGUCAGACCCCGCAUCAAGAAUAUGCGCUACAUUGCUAAUCUUGUCAAUGCUGACAAACUGGCGGGUCGAGUCCGAAAAUAUAAAGUUAUCUUAACUCCUCAGAAGUUUUAUGCAUGUGAGAUGGUGCUUGAGGAAGAGGGAGUCUAUGGAGAUGUGAGCUGUGAUGAAUGGGCCUUUUCUCUGCUACCUCUUGAUGUAGAUCUGCUGAGCAUGGAACUGCCGGAGCUUUUCAGGGAUUACUUCCUGGAAGGUGAUCAGCGUUGGAUCAACACUGUGGCUCAGGCCUUGCACCUUCUCAGCACUCUCUAUGGGCCCUUUCCUAACUGCUAUGGCAUUGGCAGAUGUGCCAAGAUGUCAUAUGAUCUGUGGAGGAAGCUGGAGGAGGAGGAGGACAGUGAAACCAAAGGUCGAAGACCAGAGAUUGGACACAUCUUUCUCCUAGACAGAGACAUGGACUUUGUGACAGCACUUUGCUCCCAAGUGGUUUAUGAGGGCUUGGUAGAUGACACUUUCCGAAUCAAGUGUGGGAGUGUCGACUUUGGCCCAGAAGUCACAUCCUCCGACAAGAGCCUGAAAGUGCUACUCAACGCUGAGGACAAGGUGUUCAAUGAGAUCCGUAACGAGCACUUCUCCAAUGUCUUUGGCUUCUUAAGCCAGAAGGCCCGGAACUUGCAGGCUCAGUAUGACCGCCGGAGAGGCAUGGACAUAAAGCAGAUGAAGAACUUCGUGUCCCAAGAGCUCAAGGGACUGAAACAGGAGCAUCGCCUGCUGAGUCUCCAUAUUGGGGCCUGUGAAUCAAUCAUGAAGAGGAAAACUAAGCAGGACUUCCAGGAGCUCAUCAAGACUGAGCAUGCGCUGCUGGAGGGCUUCAACAUCCGAGGGAGCACCAACUUCAUUGAAGAGCACAUAGACCGCCAGGUAUCGCCUAUAGAAAGCCUUCGCCUCAUGUGCCUUUUGUCCAUCACUGAGAAUGGCUUGAUCCCUAAGGAUUACAGGUCCCUGAAAACACAGUAUCUGCAGAGCUAUGGCCCUGAGCACCUGCUAACCUUCUCCAAUCUGCGUCGAGCUGGGCUUCUAACAGAGCAGGCUCCAGGGGACACCCUGACAGCAGUAGAGAAUAAAGUGAGCAAGCUAGUGACUGACAGGGCUGCAGGAAAGAUCACUGAUGCCUUCAGUUCUCUGGCCAAGAGGAGCAAUUUUCGUGCCAUUAGCAAAAAGCUGAAUUUGAUCCCACGUGUAGAUGGGGAGUAUGACCUGAAAGUGCCCCGAGACAUGGCUUAUGUCUUUAGUGGUGCCUAUGUGCCUCUGAGCUGCCGAAUCAUUGAGCAGGUGCUGGAGCGGCGGAGCUGGCAGGGCCUUGAUGAAGUGGUCCGGCUGUUGAACUGCAGUGAGUCUGCAUUCACAGACAUGGCUAAAGAAGACAAGGCUUCCAGUGAGUCCCUGCGCCUCAUCUUGGUCGUGUUCCUGGGGGGCUGCACAUUCUCAGAGAUAUCAGCCCUGCGGUUCCUGGGCAGAGAAAAAGGGUACAGAUUCAUCUUCCUGACGACAGCCAUUACAAACAGUGCUCGCCUCAUGGAAGCCAUGAGUGAGGUGAAAGCCUGAAGUUUUCCUGGCCAAUCUUGAAGUCAUUCCUGAUUGUAGACCCCACUGGGAUGCUGGCGUUUGGCGUCAUCUGCUAGAAAAGUUCCCUAGCUGUACUGCUCAGAGCUGGGGACUUUGGAGAACAGGUCUGAGGAGAGGAGUCAUGUCCUAUCCCCCAGGAUAUUGUUUAUGAAGUAUAGCCCACGCUGCUAAAAGGGGAGAGGUAGCCUUUGCUAAAUCCUGUUUGAAUAUUAUUGUAAAUAAAGCCUCGGUUCUCAAAUGCA